AUGUUUAGUACCCUACGGCAAACGUUUGGUGAUGGAGACCGACUCCUCAGCGUGGAGAUUGCCCCGCCAUUUGACAAGGACAGGACGUCCAUGCGCACUGCUUGUGAGAGAUGCCGCGCACAAAAGUCCAAGUGCGUGAGCGGUGAGAACGGCUGUAUGCUAUGCGUUGCCAAGAACCGGAAAUGCGAGUACUUGGUCAUCUCGAGGCCUCAACGGCGGACAUCCAGCGCCGCUAGUGGUGGUUCAAAGUCACGGAACGAAGAUGAGGAUGACGAUGAUGACGGUAACAACAACAACACAGUCGUCAACCAACAUAAGCAGUCGAACCAGGCGAGGAGACACAAACGCUCGUCUCGAGCGCAGUCAAUGAGACAAUCAUCGCCAUUAUCAACACAUUUAUCAUCCCCCAAGGACCAAUCAAGGGUCGUAACAGCCUCGCAGCCCUCGCUUCGGGACAACAACACCAACAGCAUCGCAACAGGGCCAGACGUGGGCCUAGAAGAUGCACAGCAACUUUUUCUCAGCACCCUCUUCCCGGACUCCCUUGGACAGAUUCCGGCUGUCUUUCCGCAGUUCGAUCCGGACUUCUUUGGCAAGGUGGCCGGUCCCACGCCUACGGCUGCCGCGAAAAGUCGGGCAGGCCGCAGCAGUGUUGGUGUUACCGCCGAAGCGUUGACCGCUCGAAGAGACAGUAGCAAGCAGAGCAAUCACACAUCUGUAUACUCAUCGUCGUCGGCAGAUAGCCUCUUUGAAUACGGGAUUGACCCGAUGGAUUUUCUGAUGGAUGAGUCGCACAUCCCUACAACGGUGGCGCCCAGCAGUGCACACGGCAGUAAUAGAGUCACAAAUGAGGCUCGGCCUAGUACGGCUCAUUCCUCAACACCACCAGACUCAGCUGCCACCUCCAACUCUUCAUCUUCAUCUUGCUGCUGUAUGAUGACAGCCGUGAGCAUCUACGAGGCCAUGCAGGCUCAGCUCGUCUGGGGCGAUCCCAUCGCUGGCCCAUCGGCGGCAUCAAGUCCCAACUCUACGUCAGCCAGCUCUUCAUACUCGUCUAAGCCAUCGUGGUCAGGUUCAGAGUCAGGGACAGGCGCGACAACAUACCAUUCAACAACGCCUCUUAUGACCCAGCAAACGAUCCUGAAGCGUCAGAAGACGAUACUACUUCGUUGUGACUCCCUUGUCCAGUGCAGCACCUGCUGGUCCCGCCCGGACUUUGUCAUGCUGAUAAUUACCAUGUGCGAUCGCAUAUUAACUAGUCUGGUGGCGGUCGAGCGUUUUGUUUGCGGCAGAAGCGAUGAUGACGUAAACAGGAUCAGUUCCAACGUCACCGCUGCUGCCGUAGACAUGCACGCCAUGGAAGCACCAUCACGCGCGGGCCUGGAGGUGUCAUCCCUGUCCCGAUCGUCCCAGAUGCUGCAGCCUGGGGUGGGUGCAUGGCAGAUCGACGACGACGAUGAGAUGGAACUGGUUAUUAGCCUGAUCAAGUCCCGCGUGACAAGGCUCGGCAAUCUGAUCACCAUGGCUGAGGGAACAAUAAGCGCAAACGCGUGGCCUUGGCAUGAGAGGCUGGUCCAGGCUCUGCGGAAGAGGUCUAACAAACUUCUUAUCUCCUUGUCAUUUCGUCACUUUCCUUGA